AGGAGAGAAAGGAAAGCGCGAGAAGCCGCUGCCGCCGCCACCAGCGCAGCGGUGCCGGACCGCGAGCACCCGGCCGCCCGCCCCGUCCCGUCCCGUCCGCCGCGUCCUCGGACUUGUUCCAACAAUCUGUUAAAACAUGGUGGAUUACUAUGAAGUUCUAGGCGUGCAGAGACAUGCCUCUCCCGAGGAUAUCAAAAAGGCAUAUCGGAAACUGGCACUAAAGUGGCAUCCAGAAAAUCCUGAGAAUAAAGAAGAAGCAGAGAGAAAAUUCAAACAAGUAGCUGAGGCGUAUGAGGUGUUAUCAGAUGCUAAAAAACGGGACAUCUAUGACAAGUAUGGCAAAGAAGGCUUAAAUGGUGGAGGUGGAGGUGGAAGUCAUUUUGACAGUCCUUUUGAGUUUGGCUUCACGUUCCGGAACCCAGAAGAUGUCUUCAGGGAAUUUUUUGGUGGAAGGGACCCGUUUUCGUUCGUCUUCGAAGACCCAUUUGAAGACAUUUUUGGGAACCGAAGGGGUCCCCGAGGAAGCAGAAACCGAGGUGCAGGCUCAUUUUUCUCUGCUUUCAGUGGAUUUCCAUCAUUUGGAGGUGGAUUUUCUUCAUUUGAUACAGGAUUUACUUCAUUUGGGUCACUAGGUCACGGUGGCCUUACUUCAUUCUCUUCUACAUCAUUUGGCGGCAGCGGGAUGGGUAACUUCAAAUCUAUAUCAACUUCUACCAAAAUAGUAAAUGGCAGAAAAAUCACUACAAAAAGAAUUGUCGAGAAUGGUCAAGAAAGAGUAGAAGUUGAAGAAGACGGCCAGUUAAAGUCCUUAACGAUAAAUGGUAAGGAGCAGCUGCUACGAUUGGAUAACAAGUAAUUCAACGCACGCAUUUAACAGAAAUGUUAAACUAUAACAAGCACCAUUUGAGGAUUAACAGGAACAUUUUUUUGAAGAUUUCAGACGAACUCGACUUUCAGUAUAAUUGUACCUAAUCUAAAGUAUUUAUAAACAGCUCAUCGGAGCCCCUAUUUGUCAUAGACUUUUGAGUUUAUUGUUGGGACCACACAAUAGGACCAUUUUUUUUUUUUGUCUUUAAAAUUGUUGUAAUCUCUGUAUGCACUUUGCUUUUUUAUUAAACGUAAUCCAAGGUGAGCCUUGACUUUGAGUAGUGCUAGGACAAGAUUGUAUUCUAACACCAGCAUGGAUCUGCUUUCCAUUGUGUUUGACAUGUGAGCCAAGUAGUGUCAGCCUGCUGUGAGCUAACAUUGCCAGGAUGAAUCUCUUGUAGAAAUAAUUUGUUUUUUUUUUUCCCCCCCAGUAUUUAGUAAUGAAAGAUAUUAAUGCAUUAAUGGUAAUACAUUUCUGGUUUAAUAUAAACUUAAGGAUGUUUUCUAGUUGUGCAUGAAUGCUGGCAACUUAGUAAAGUUUUGACAAUUGUUUAAAUAUGUAAUGUUAAGCUUAGGUUUAAAAAAACUGGUAAACUGGGUCUUUGUCAUUUGCUUUUAAAAAAAAAAAAAAAAAAAAAAAAA